AUGUUUUAUUUUGGAGUUGGCAACGCUGACCUCGGCGAAAGUAAUGGCCGCCCCCUGUUAUUUAUUUCGAUAGCCUACAAUUACAUCACUGUUGUGAGGUAUAAAAAAGUAAACUUAUAUUCAACAGUAUGUCCGAAUCCGACUUAGAAAAUAUAAUAUCAUUGAACAGGUACCCUAAUUACAUUGCUCUUCUUCCGUUGAUAUUAUACCUUCCAAUUGGCCUAGCUUUGUGUAUUGUCAGAAUCUUCAUUUUUCUACAUGUCUGUUUGCUGUCGUACAUUUUACCUGCUAAAUUUCCGUACAAAAGUUUAAUUUUGAGGGUUAUGCUGUGUGUGACUGGGCUUCCCAUUAGUUCUCAAGGCUUGCUGCACACAGAUAGUAAAAAGAAAAUUAUAAUAGCCAAUCACAUCUCAAGUUUAGAUCCAUUUAUUCUCUCCUUGUUACACCCGACUGUGCUAGCUAUAGAAAAUGUGAAAACCUCAGGUCACCUACAGCAAAGUCUAAACAUUUAUUUUCCACUACCAUCUGACAAAAGUCAUGCAGAGGUUAUCAAAACACUUAGAGACAAAAUAGAAGAAAGCAAUGACUCUCUUUUGUUCUUCCCGGAACAAAUAAAAACCAAUGGAAAGUCCAGUUUAUUAAAAUUUAGCUUGUUGCCUUUUGAAGUGGAUUUUCCAAUACAGCCUGUGACCAUACAAGCACACAGAUAUUUGUUUGACAUUAAUGUGUCAACUUAUGCAAGCUCAUUUUAUGAAGAUUUAAUUUGGUGUCUUCUGCUUCCAGUUACAUGUUUUAGUAUCAAAUAUUUACCUGUGACUAAUAAUAAGCCAGAUGAAAAUGGCGCAGACUUUGCCAGUCGAGUGCAAUCAAACAUGGCUAAAAGUUUAAACUUGAGAGCAUCGUCAUUUAGCUAUUACGAUGUGACAGACUACACAAAGAAAAAACAAGUGACAGAGAGAUUUACAGAACCUGCACCGAGAAUAGUCAAAAAUGUUUCCGAGCCGCUCCUCCCCAAGCCUGUUGUUAAAGAGGAUGAGGAAUUGAAAAGAUUGGUCCAGCAAGUCAAAGAUGUCCUCCCAGACACACCCACUCAUGUUGUUCUCAUAGAUCUCAAAAAAACAAGGGAUGUAGAUCUUACAAUAACGAAUAUCCUUGAGGGUAGAGUUGAUGUUAGUAAACCAGAAGAAAAGAAUAGUAAUACAAAAACAGAGAACUUAUCUUUUAAAGCUGGAAAGUUUGAGAGUCAGGCGUCUGCUAGGCAGCUGUCAUUUGCUGAACGUAAACAAGCUAUGUUGGAGGCUGCUAGGAUACAAUACAGGAUUAAACAUGGACUGUAGAAACAAGUUAUACCCUUCUCAAUUAUUGACUGUUGAUUCAAAUCCCCAAUUUGAGUUUAUAUUGACCCCAUUCUAAAUUUAAAAUUCUCUACUGUGCUGUAAGAAUUGCAGCAGAACUGCUAUCACCAUAAAAUAACUUUUUACAAAAUCGCAAGUGUGAAAAUACAUAGAUCAUUUAUUCUACCGGUACGUCUUGUCAAUCAGUUUUAUGGUACAAUCAUUUUGCAUCUGUAUUGUUUUGUAAAUAGAUUUAAUGCUGUUAAAUUUCUGUGCGGGGGUUUUAAAUGAUUCAACAAGUUCUCAGGUAAUUGACAAAAUUACUGAAUACAUCAAAAGAUGUUAUGGAUUUCAUUGUAAAAGAAAACUUAUAUGUUAUGAAAUACCAUUAACAAAGCUCAUACACAAAGCAGAUGCGUUUUGUUUUUUUUCCCAGUAUUUCUGUGAGCUAUUCUUUUCUGGGUAUUUCAUUUCUUUUGUUCCUUCUAAAUUCUAAAGAUCUUCAUCAUCAUUAAAUGGCUUUUAAAUGACAAACUCCUAAUGUUGUAUGCAUACAUGUAAUGAAAUUGUUAGUGUAAAAUACUAGAACUUUCAAAUCAUCUCAUUUGAGGAAAUAAUAGUUACAUAGGGAGCAUUAUAAAAAUGACUUUUUCACAUUAUUUUAAUUUUCCCUGGUUCUGGCAUUACCAAUCUUGUUGGCCCAGAUUUGAAUUGAUAUUAAUACAAAAAUAACAGCAAUGACAAUAUGAAUUAAAAUAAAUAUAAAAACAAUAA